ACAACCAAGCAGAAAAGGCGAGAAGGAAAUUACCAGGGCAGACGACGGGUGCUGAGGGAAGAAGGGAGGGGAGAAGGAGAAUGAACGAAAGAGCGAAAGCGAAUGCAAUAAGGGCGGGAAUAGUGGUGAUUGGAUCCUUGGCGUUCGGUUAUUUGAGCUUUCAGAUUGGGUUCAAGCCUUUUCUUGAGAAAGCUCAAGAAUUUGACUCUCUUCAACAGUCUUCUCACUCAUCUUCAAAAUCCCAAGAAGAAUAACCCCCCAAACCCAUCCAUCAUAGUAGCAUCCGGAUGGAUGCAGAAGAAAAUGAUGAACGACAUUGGAUGGAGAAUUGGGAUCAAAAGCAUGGUAUGGCUGUAGCUCAAGUUUCUUUGGGGUUGAAGAAGUUUUGGUUGAAUAAAUGAACUUCCGAGUUGAGCAGCAUUUAUGCUAGAAGACCUACAGCUUUCUUUUAGAAGAUCCUGCAAGGGUGAGAGCAUUCUCUGGUUACCCAGUUGAGUAGUGUUAGGAUUUCUUAAUACAAAUGAUGUAUGGCCCUGAGUACCUGGACCCUUGGUAAGUUUGUGCAGUGGCUAUGGGCAUGAAGAAAGACUUCAUAAUCUCUUCUCCCCUAGAUCAAUUCUUAAACCAAUUAUGCAUUUAUCCAAUGUCUUGAGGAUUCUUGAUGAAUUUUUGAUAAUUAAAUAUGACUUUCAUAGUCUCUUAUUCCAUUCUUGAAUAGAUUUAAGUGGUUGUUUUAUCCUAUCCAUACCCUACUGCAUUUUUCCCUUUAGUUCUCUUGAAGCCUCCAUGUUUUUGAAAGCUAUACUUGUUUAUGUUGGGGGUACAUAGUUUUCAGUAACAGCAGGGAUCAUUAUAUGAUGCUUGACUUCCUUUUGAACUAUGUGAUAUGCCCUUAAGUUCUUUCACCAUACCAUUUGAUGUGGCAUUAACAUUAAGUCACUUCAACUGUUGAACAUACCAUACUUUGUUGUUUCAACGAGAAAGGAUAUCCGUUGGUCCAAUGAUGACAUUAUGACAUACCGUACCUAAAGGAACAAACUUAGUAGAUUCCA